AUGGAUCGCUGGAGUCACAUUGAUGUCACUUCAUCACGCCGACCUCUGUUGCCUGCAGAUGAACCUGUUCUCUAUGUGCAAGAUGGCGUCGGCCUGUACAAUGGCCGGCACAAGCUUGUGGAUUACCAAGAUGGCGUGCUCUACAUUACUGGCAAACGACUUUGCUAUGUAGAUAGCGAGAAGCCUGCUUUACGGUCUAUUGCCGUUUCCUUGGCAGAAAUUGAUCGGCUUGGCUUCUACGUUGGCUUUCUCAAAUCAUCCUCCAAGAUUACGCUUUCUUUUGUUCCUGAAGGUGCGCAAGCUGGAGCGACGCGUUCUAGCCGAUCAGGUUCCAUAGGCGCAAGUCAUUCGCUUGUUCCGACUACUGCAGAUUUCGUCUGUCCAGUGUGCACUUUCACAAACACACUCGAUGGCAACUACAAGCCUGGCGACACGUUGCCCGCGUGCAAUAACUGUGGUAUGCCACCGGGUAAACGUACACGCGUGACGUUUGCAACGGCACAGGGCCAGGCGCAUACACAUCUUCCCAGGUUGCCAACGCGUCGACCGUCUUCAGCGACUCCGACAUCCCAGGUACAGUCAUCGCCAAGUCUCUCCAUAAUCUCGUCAUCCUCAUUACCACUCGACGGUGACAUCUCCACACAGCCAUCACAAAGACAAAUCGACCGCUCCAUGCCAACGUUCCCCUGCCCACGCUGCACAUUCGGCAACCACCCAGCCAUCACCACCUGCGAACUCUGCGGCGCUCCCCUGCUCUCGCGUAACCUCCCACCCAUGCUCGCAGCGGCCACCCACCUCGAUGAUCGUGCACGCGUCUCAAACGCAACGCAAGUCCAUCGAGAUCCACUCCGUGUCAACGCCUUUGCUUCUGCAGCUGCAGCAAAAGCUUCUGCAUCUUCCUCACAUAUCGCUUCGGCACUUGCUCAGGAUCGAGCAUCGUGUAAGCUGGCAUUCAGACGAGGCGGUGAAAAGGCCUUCCUGGAACGUCUCCGACUCGCUGUAGCUGCUCGAGUAUGGGAGACGACGGAUGCAGUCACGAGUCCAUUGUUGGCGGAUAGAACGGGUUCUUCUCAUUCGUCACGGAGUAUGACGCCCCUUGGUGAACCGAAUGUGUCGAGUCAGCGACGAAUCGGUGCUGGUAUCAGUGGUUUGCAAACGCGUGAAGAAUCGCUGCGUGUGAAGGAUGCAACGACGCUAUCGACGGCAUUUGAGGAUUUAGAUGCGUUACGUGUCAAGGCCACAGAAGUGAUUGCUUUGGCUGAAUCACUCGCAAAACGUGUGGCUGCGAGUCAAUCUGUACAGAAUGGUACAGACUUGCACGGGACCUCCAUAUCGAUGGCAGAACCGGCCAGUUUAUUGAGACUGACAGGACCUGUCGUCACGAAAGAGACGGCUGGAAAGGGUUCUGUGUUCCAUGCAGAGCUAGCACGACAAAUUUCAGACUUAUUGGAAGCAGGUGCACUCAAAGCAACAGGUGGUGCAUUGACCCUUGCUGAUCUGUAUGCAUUGUACAAUCGAGCACGCAAGGGCAAUUUGAUCUCACCGGCUGAUUUGAUGGCUGCGUGCAGGUUAUUCGAUACACUCAAGUUGCCUGUCAAGUUGCGAAAAUUCAGGUCCGGCGUGACGGUUGUGCAGGAUCGUUCAAGGACGGAAGAAUCUGUUGAGAAGUCCGUUGUCAGAUGGUUGGUGAGUCGGACACUCGGUGCUUCAGCGAUGGAUGCAGCUGCUCAAUUUGGAUGGAGUGUGGGUGUUGCCACUGAAGAACUCGAAACGGUUGAAGCGCGUGGUGGGAUUGUUCGGGAUGCGAGUAUCGAGGGAUUACGGUUCUAUGUCAAUCGCUUCAGUCAAGCAGAUUGGGAUCCAGCUGUAUGGCUUCAGGAGCAAGUGUCUGAAGUCAGUCUAGCGACACCGGCACAAGAAGUUGAUAAUCAAUGA